CCGCCAAUCAGAUGUUACGCUUUCUGUCACGCCUCCAGUAACUUCCUGAAUGAGAUAUACUUUCAAAUGACCGGUAACCGAUGACUGCAUAAAAUUAAAUUAAUUUGCGGCUUUUUUCAUUCAUUCUUCUUGUGUCUUCAUACAGAACAGUCCAGGUGAUGUUAACGCAUGAACCCAGAAAAAAAACAUAAAGGAAAUGACAAAAUAUUCAAAAACGGUUUAGGGUGAUUUACAAACUAGCCAGCUCAAGUGUUUCAGUCGAAGGACUAAAUUCCUUGAGGGAAAUUUGAAAGUGUGGGAGGUUUCUGACUUCCCCUCAGCAGAGCGGCGUCUCGUAUUUCAGAGCGGAACUCAAGUUGACAUUGAGCUGAGUGUGUGUUUCCACACGAACAAAUAAUCUUCGUUUAUCACUGUUACGUAGCGGAGAUGGCAGCCCUUCGAACGGCACUCCAUGGACGACUGGUUCAGGCCCUCCCCUUCUCCUUUGGCUCGCUGCGGUUCGCCAGCUCCUUUAAGGCAGCGGAUCUCGUCAUCGAACGCAACCCGACGUGCAAGCCGAAGCCCGACCCCUCCACCUUGUUGUUCGGAAAACAGUUCUCCGACCACAUGCUGACCAUCAACUGGUCGGAGCAGGGCGGCUGGGAGGCUCCUCAGAUCAAACCUUUCCAGAACCUGUCGCUGCACCCUGCCAGCUCUGCCCUGCACUACUCCGUAGAGCUGUUUGAAGGCAUGAAGGCGUUUCGCGGAGUCGACAACCACAUCCGCCUGUUCAGACCCAUGCUGAACAUGGAGAGGAUGCAUCGAAGUGCUGACAGAAGCUCCCUGCCUCUGUUCGAUAAGGGUGAACUGCUGGAGUGCAUCAGGAAGCUGGUGGAGGUGGACCAGGACUGGGUUCCCUACUCCCUGGAUGCCAGCCUCUACAUCAGACCCACCUUCAUAGGAACCGAACCCUCCCUCGGCGUGUCCCGGGCAGGAAAGGCUAUGAUCUUUGUCAUCAUCAGCCCAGUAGGACCCUACUUUGCCACAGGGUCCUUCAACCCAGUUUCUCUGCUGGCAGACCCCUCGUUUGUCAGGGCUUGGAAGGGAGGCGUCGGGGCCUACAAGAUGGGAGGUAACUACGGUCCCACGAUAGCAGUGCAGAACGAGGCGGUGAAGCGCGGCUGUCAGCAGGUCCUGUGGCUGUACGGCGAGCAGGAGGAGAUCACCGAGGUCGGCACCAUGAACCUCUUCAUCUACUGGACCAACGAGAACGGAGAGAAGGAGCUGGUGACUCCUCCUCUGGAUGGCAUCAUUCUCCCAGGAGUGACCAGACAGUCUCUGCUGGACCUGGCCAGGGACUGGGGCGAGUUUAAGGUGACGGAGCGCACGAUGGACAUGAAGGAGCUGCUGGGGGCUCUGGAUGCCGGGAGGAUCCUGGAGGUGUUCGGAGCAGGGACGGCCUGCGUCGUCUGUCCUGUGGGCAGCCUCCUCUACAAAGGAAAGACGUACCAGAUCCCGACGAUGCAGAACGGUCCGUACCUGGCGAAGAGGUUCCACAAAGAGCUUACUGAUAUUCAGUACGGACGCACGCCAAGUGAAUGGGCUCCGCUGGUCGUGUAAUCGGCUAUAUUGCACGCCAGUUGAAUCGACGGUUCGUUCCGUUAGUCCAGUGUGGACGACCAACAGACUCCGCCUGCAAACCCACCGAUGCACCCCUGCUCACUUGGCCCAGCGAGGAGACGGACGGCCUUUUCCGUCCGCCUCCUCGCCCAAAUAUUACAGACGUUCCUCUCCGUGUGGACUCUCACAGGAAUACGGUUGGUGGUUGGAAAAUAACAGCUCGGCUUGGAAAGCAAUAUGAACAACAAUAUGCAAUGUUUGACUUGACCCUUAACCUCCAGGUUAUGUACUACAAAGACGGCAGAAAACCCCCCCCCAGCAAAAUAAGAGUUGAUCGAUGCCUUGGCGAUGUCAGAGUAGCAUUUUGACUGCUUUCAAAGCUCCUCUUGGGUCAGCUUGCUUCAAAGGUUGCACUCUGUUCAGGUGUUUGUCCUUUGAUUCACUCAGCUCCACCAGUGAAUCGAUAGCUAACAGCACUCAAUCAUUUUCCACUACAUUACAUUCAAGCAUUUACAAGAAAAGAAACAAACUGACAUUUCUGACAUAAAAGGCAAUAUAUGUUUAAAUAUAGCAGUUACAUAAUGUGUGUAGGACUUAAAGGGACAGUUCACCCGAUGCGUGUUCUCCCUCUUACCUGUGCUGCUGUUUAUCUGUCUGGAUAGCUUUGGAGUCUGCAACUCACAGAAAAACUCUAGAUGGAUAAAAAGCACUACAGGUAAGAAGGAAGAUAUCUAGUUCUCACUUUUGGGUGAACUGCCCCUUUAACAGUAGAUGCCUCUUGGCAGCACGCACUCUUUCUAAGUGCUGUUUCUCGUCAACAAACGUAUUAAAAUGUAUUUUCCAACAGGAAAAACUUAAUAAGCUGUACUACUUGCGACAACCUGUGGUGUUUUCUCCGAAACGGUAAACUGUUCCGCGUGCGUAGUGAAGCGUCAUAGGAUGCGUCGUGUUACUGUCGUGUACGUGAUGAUGUAACGGAUUACUGCCGCAGUCUCCGAGGGGCCGCGUCUCGUUGACGCCGCAGUUUGCACUUUGCUUUGAUGUCGGGUUCGUACGUGUUUGUUUGAGAAUAACGACUGCACAGAAACUGGUUGCGAUUGAAAACGACGAGGUCUGCGGUGAACCUUGGCACGCACAAACGGUUGGAGGACGGAAGGUGUAGAUACUGUACAUGACUGUUGUGUACUGGCAGUUACUCCUGCACUAAUCUGUGUGUUAUCCUUAUGAAAACGGCUGGAUUGUGCCCUUAUUUUAGAGGUUUUUAAAUUAUUAUUUUUGUCCCUUUUUGUUUUGAUCUGAAAUCAGGCCGACUGUCUUCCAAUGUACUUGACUGUGUCACCAGUGUUCUCCUUUGAACAGGUUUUUAUUUUUCACACAUCCUGUCCCUCUCCGUGUCCAAGUGCCUCCGUCUGUUGGUUUCUUCUUCUUCUGUGGAUCUUUAGUUGGUGUUUUGUUUUUCCAUUUUGUUCAUUGCAGAUUUAGCUGGUUUAGAUUUAGUUUCUUUUUUUAAUGUGGUGUCACUUUUACUUUUAUGUUUUUACAAUAAACCUGCUCGUGAGUUCA